AUGGACGCACAGAACUUAGCGAAUGCACAGCAACCUGGACAACCAAACCCAGAGAAUAUUCCAAAUGAAGUUAGAAUACAAACUGCAAUGGCAAACUAUGGUCAAGUGCCAACAGAUGUACAAAUGCAAACUGCCAUGUCAAAUGACGCUGCGUUAGGUUUGCCACCAUGGUAUGCAAAUAUGAGAUGGAAAGAGUUUUAUACAAACCCUGAAGUGGGAUAUAAACAACUUUAUGCAGAUGACGCAAACACAGGAGUUGACCCAGAAUAU